UAUCAUGCAGCUGAGCUCCUUCCGAAGGUACAACGACUACGUACCCGUAUACCUACGCGACCGGCCCAGGAAUGUCAUCCUGCACUGCAUGGAACGCGAGCAGUCUUCUCAGGAGUACUUGCCAGAGAAUGUUGAAGCUGUUGGGGAUCACCAGUAUAAUGUCAAGUCAUUUGGGAGGACUCGUCUCGUUAGCUUUGAAACACCCUCAUGUUCUUGCGAGGACUGGAAUCUGAGAGCCCUACCGUGCAAACAUAUGUUUGCCGUAUUCAAGAAUGUACCCGGCUGCAGCUGGGAGUCGCUGCCCGAGACGUACCGCUCCAGCCCCAAAAUGACACUAGACAUCGAUCUUGGAGAUGGUGAGGUUCAUUCAGAAGAUUUGGAAGUGCCCGAGCAGGUGAACAACUCGCAUGAAGUUGGAGCCCAGCUGUCAGAUCCAGUUUCAAAUGAAAUUCCUUUACACAGGACACAACAGCAACAAAACCAACUCUCUGCAAGGCAAGCACGAAACAUGCUCAAAGUAAUCGAUGCACAGACCUUCGUCUGUACAGACUCAAGUGCUCUAAAAAAUCUCUGCGCUCAACUGGAGAAGCUGUCAGAAGAACUUGCGAAAAGUCUGCCCACUGAUGAGUCUGGCUUGGUUAUCCAAGAGGCGUCUUCAUUCACCUUGAACCAACACUUUAGCGCCAGGCGCAGACUGCACGAAACACAUAGCACUGCUGUCCCUGAUCCAGCCUUGGAGUCAGGGCAUGCCAAGCGUGGUCGACCUGCAGUCGAAAGACACCUCAGGUGUCGUGUCGGAGUUUCCGGAGAGACUGAGCGGAGGCAGUUCCUACAAGCUCAACAGCGUGAGAAAGCCUCGACAAGACCUGGUUCCGUCACAUUGACAGCAUUGACGGGAAGUAGUUCAAUACAACAGGCUGCAGCUCCCGAACCUGCGCGUUUACUUCACUCUGCAGGAGCCACGUUGUAUCCAAUGCCUGCUACGUCUGUACCAGUAUUCGCAACAGAUAGGCUACAGCAAAGGACAAGAUGCAAUACAGGUCCGCAGCAGCCUAAGUGCUGUAACCCCAGCUGCGCAUUUCCGCAGCUACCGACCAAGCCGUGCCGCAACAACAACUGCUCUCAUGUGUUUCACCAUGUUUGCAGUACGCACGACAUGAGAACAUACUGCAGGCAUUGUCGUGUGAACGAUUGGUGA